AUCACGAAAACAAUAUAAUCUAGUAUCUAUCUAUUCACAUUUUACGCGUUGGUACUAUUCACAUAAGUGUGAAAUUGAUCAAAUCACGGGAGAUGCUAAAUAAACAAAAUCAAAAUGAUAUUCAUUACAAUUCAACUUUUCAAUAUAUUACUUAUAAAUUUUCAAUAAAAAGAUGGUAGUCGGAAUUUGUAAACGAUACUAGUAUACAGUAAUUGUUUUGUAAAAGUACUCGUUUUAAAAAUUAUUAAUUCAUUGGUCUUAAACUCUUAAUAAUAUUAUACUACUAAUAAAGAAAAGUCAUGGGCAAGGAAAAGUUAGAAAAAGGAGCACAUAAACAAAGACCAGCGAUGCUUCCCUUUCACGUUGCAAACACGAAACGAAGAGACACAUAUUCUCUCCACUAUAUAUACCAUUUGCUCUUCUUCUUCUAAUUCCACACAUUCAUUCUUCUUCAACUACAAAACAAAAAACAUUACACAUUCUGUCUUCUUGUUCAUUUCAAAACCAAAAAUCAAAGUUCAAAAAAAAAGAUGGUUUUGUCUAAGACAGCUUCGGAAUCCGAUGUCUCAAUCCAUUCAACUUUUGCUUCUCGUUACGUCCGGAACUCUCUUCCACGAUUCGAAAUGCCUGAGAAUUCAAUCCCAAAGGAAGCAGCGUACCAAAUCAUCAACGACGAGCUAAUGCUCGAUGGUAACCCGAGGCUGAACCUAGCCUCCUUUGUGACCACAUGGAUGGAGCCAGAGUGUGACAAGCUCAUGAUGGAGUCCAUCAACAAGAACUACGUCGACAUGGACGAGUACCCCGUCACCACUGAGCUUCAGAACCGAUGUGUCAACAUGAUCGCGCGUCUCUUCAACGCGCCGCUUGGUGAUGGUGAAGCUGCCGUGGGUGUUGGCACCGUUGGAUCGUCGGAGGCGAUUAUGUUGGCGGGUUUGGCUUUCAAGAGACAGUGGCAGAAUAAGCGUAAGGCCCAAGGGCUUCCUUAUGAUAAGCCCAAUAUCGUAACCGGAGCCAAUGUCCAGGUUUGCUGGGAGAAAUUCGCAAGGUAUUUCGAAGUGGAGCUUAAGGAAGUGAAUCUAAGAGAAGAUUAUUACGUGAUGGACCCUGAAAAGGCAGUCGAAAUGGUCGAUGAGAACACAAUCUGCGUCGCGGCCAUCCUCGGUUCAACACUAACCGGUGAAUUCGAAGAUGUUAAGCUCCUCAACGACCUCCUUGUCGAGAAAAAUAAGCAAACCGGAUGGGACACGCCGAUCCACGUUGACGCAGCAAGUGGUGGGUUUAUUGCUCCCUUCUUGUACCCGGAGCUGGAGUGGGAUUUCCGGCUACCGUUGGUUAAGAGUAUUAAUGUGAGUGGUCACAAAUACGGUUUGGUAUAUGCCGGUAUCGGUUGGGUUGUAUGGAGAACCAAAACCGAUUUGCCUGAUGAACUUAUUUUCCAUAUCAAUUAUCUUGGCGCUGAUCAACCCACCUUCACACUUAACUUCUCCAAAGGUUCAAGUCAAGUGAUUGCUCAGUACUACCAGCUGAUUCGUCUUGGAUUCGAGGGAUAUCGCAAUGUGAUGGAUAAUUGUCGGGAAAACAUGAUGGUGCUAAGACAAGGAUUAGAGAAAACGGGACGUUUUAACAUUGUCUCUAAAGAAAAUGGUGUUCCAUUAGUGGCGUUUUCUCUCAAAGAUAGUAGCCGCCACAACGAGUUCGAGGUAGCCGAAACGCUCCGCCGCUUUGGCUGGAUCGUUCCGGCCUACACGAUGCCCGCGGAUGCGCAACAUGUCACUGUCCUACGAGUUGUUAUCCGAGAAGAUUUCUCUAGAACCUUAGCCGAGAGAUUGGUAGCCGAUUUCGAGAAGGUUCUACAUGAGCUCGAUACGCUUCCCGCGAGGAUUCACGCCAAGAUGGCUAAUGGAAAAGUUAAUGGCGUUAAGAAGACGCCAGAGGAGACGCAGAGAGAAGUCACGGCCUACUGGAAGAAGUUGUUGGAGACUAAGAAGACCAACAAGAACACAAUUUGCUGAUAAGAUUAUUUAAUAAACUAUUAUUGUUAUUUGUUUUGUCCUUCAUUAUGCUCCAUUUGGACCUUUUUCUUUCAUGCUGUUUGGAUUAUUAUUUUUUAUUUUUUGAAGUUUUGUGAUUUGAUAUUGCUGAUGAAGAGUGAUUUUUUAUGGGUUUAUACUAAAUAAAUGAAAUAAAAUUUUAUUAUUUUUAUGGGUA